GCAAGACUCGGCUUUUAAGGGGAUGCGGCAUCGAUACGCGGGAGCUGUCUAUCAGCACCAAAUCCCCGACGAAGAGCGAGGCAGCGCGCAGAGCCGAGACCCAAACCCAAACUGUCCAGUUUUCAGUCUGCCGCCCCCUCCUCCGUCUUUCAGAGAGCGUUCAACUACCACCUCACACUACCAGAACCACGAACUGCCUUGUCUGAGUCAACCCUCUCGGAGAGGUAUCCAUGCCAGUCAGCCGCAGCACGGCGAACCCCCACCUCUGACAAACCACGACAUCGCCCAGCGACCGUCACACCGGGUCUGUGAACCCGACGGGCAGCCAGCGCACCUGAAGCAGAACCUUUGGGCCGCAGUCGGCUCGCAGCCGCAGUCGGAACAGUCUGUUAGUCAGAGCUGCCACUGCAGUUUUUCCGAGAAGGCGAACCUUUCUCACCAGCGCCAGCACCUCACUCACCCGCCGCAGCCCUCCCUAUCUUUGCCGCCGCCGCCAACGUCGUCCUCUUUGCUGUUUUUGCAGGAAUCUAAUCGCGGGGAACAUUUCCAAAGCAGUGCCAAUUACCAACAGGCGAGCAUCGUGGAACACUGCAGGGGAGGAGAAGGAGGAGGAGGGUACCGAGACCAGAAGCAGUUGUUGCAGCAACACUGUCAAAGACUCCGACACAGCGACCCCUCCCCUGAAGCAAUCCGAACAAACUCGCAGAAAGGGCGCACAGUAAAUCUAUGUGAGUCAAUCGAGGCUAAUCGGCGAGCAUUCGAGUCCCAGGCUCAGGACCUGCAGCAGCUACAGCAACAGCCACUAUUGCGAGCUCAACAACAGCUACUGGUGGGGAGCAGCUUGCCUAUCAACUACUGCGCCAACGGCUCAGGAGAGGUAUGUAGGAAUAACCAGGCAUCACUGCUGCAACAGCAUCAGCAGCAGCAAGACGCACUGGGGCUAUGUCCCCAGCUUCCGCAGCACUGUGACCAAGACUGCAAUACGCCGGGGCGAACGAACCAAGCCAAUCAGUCGCAACAACAUUGCCGCGACUCCCGUGUAAACCCACCAACGCAGCCGUACGGGGGGAACUCGUCUGCGACUGGCAGUAGCAGCAAGAGCAGCCCUAACUACGGCUCCAGCUAUCACCUGUGGCCGGAGAGCCCGCAUAAGGGAGAAGAGCGGAUACUAAUCGAUCAUUAUCAGGCAACCACUGAGCAGAAGAAGCUGAGCCAUGCUGGAUCCAAGCCCUGCCUCUCCGAGAGCAGCGGCCGACUCCCUCAGAUAGCCAUGAACACCUGCAAGUACAAUGGUGGCGUAGUGAGACCACUGGGCAGCCUGGCGUCGUCGCGGCGCAACCUGGCAGAGCUCGACUCGGAGACGCAGCCCCUCCAGACGUUGCACAGCUCCGGACUGGAGGUGGUGGUAUCAAAGGGCAACGGCGAGGACCCCAGCAAGGCGUCCAAUGAGAGCCUGGUCAGGGACGGUAACGGUGCUCCUGUGAAGAAGAACAAGGACAUUGGCUAUAGGCUCGGCCACCGGAGGGCGCUCUUUGAGAAACGGAAGAGACUCAGUGACUACGCCCUCAUCUUUGGAAUGUUCGGGAUCGUCGUCAUGGUGACUGAGACUGAACUGUCCUGGGGAGUUUACGGCAAGGAAUCUUCGUACUCAUUUGCACUGAAAUGCCUUAUCAGCCUUUCCACUGUUAUAUUGCUUGGUCUUAUAAUAAUGUACCAUGCCCGGGAAAUCCAGCUGUUUAUGGUGGACAAUGGGGCAGACGACUGGAGGAUAGCCAUGACGUACGAGCGCAUCUUCUUCAUCGUGCUGGAGCUGCUGGUGUGCGCCAUCCACCCCAUCCCGGGCCAUUACCGCUUCACGUGGACGGCGCGGAUCGCCUUCACCUACACUCCGUCGACGGCCAACGCCGACGUGGACAUCAUCCUCUCCAUCCCCAUGUUCCUCAGGCUCUACCUGAUCGGCCGCGUCAUGCUGCUGCACAGCAAGCUCUUCACUGACGCCUCAUCGCGCAGCAUCGGCGCCCUCAACAAGAUCAACUUCAACACGCGCUUCGUCAUGAAGACGCUCAUGACCAUCUGCCCCGGCACCGUGCUGCUGGUCUUCAGCAUCUCCUCCUGGAUCAUCGCCGCCUGGACGGUGCGAGUCUGCGAGAGGUAUCAUGACACACAGGAAGUGACCAGUAACUUCCUGGGAGCCAUGUGGCUCAUCUCUAUUACCUUCCUCUCCAUUGGCUACGGAGACAUGGUACCUAACACGUACUGUGGGAAAGGCGUAUGUCUGCUUACAGGGAUCAUGGGAGCUGGCUGCACUGCACUGGUGGUCGCCGUGGUAGCCAGGAAGUUGGAGUUGACCAAGGCUGAGAAGCAUGUCCACAACUUCAUGAUGGACACACAACUCUGCAAACGAGUAAAGAACACAGCUGCCAAUGUACUCAGGGAAACAUGGCUCAUCUACAAACACACUAAGUUGGUCAAGAAGAUCGAUCACGCCAAGGUGCGGAAACACCAGCGCAAGUUUCUACAGGCCAUCCAUCAAGCUCAGAAGUAAGUUGAGUCUUCUAUGUUCCUCCUGUUUCCUCGACAUUCUCCCUCUCCAUGUCUUCGUUUUGACAUGCAUGAACCUUCAAAUGCUGGAUGCCGGUUGUUUUGGUUUUCUUUCAAUGUUCCAUUUACCCCCAUCCUCUGAAUGGAAUGACAAAAAGCAUCAACAUUACCACUGAUGAUGACAUGGUAGUGGGGUGUCUGAAGAAAGUCAGAGGCAUCUGGCAGUAUGAGCUUGUUGGGGCUUGUUGGCUAGGCCGGAGUCCAUUCAUCAAUGAAGUCACCAUCUAUGAUGUUACCAUGAUUAAUAUAGAAACAAUAUGUAGGCUAUAUUAACCUGCAUUGGCAGACCCAUCCUUGCUCCUGAUUUUGUGGUUAACAUUUAUCUCAAGGGUUUGAAAAGUCUGUUUUUGUUUUGAGGUAUUUUCUUAUUUUGUAUUUCCAUCAACACUCAGACAUAUCAGACACUCACAAUAAAGAACACACCUGCAGUGGCCUAGUAUCUUAACUCACCCUAGCAGGAAGUACCCUGGAAACCAGCUUUAGAGUCAUUUUUGUACCCAACUCUGAUGCCUUUCCUUCACAGACGCUAUAUAGGAAAAAACGGGCCUUGCUGGUAGCCUCUAGUUAGAUGAAGCUGAAAACAGAGCCUUUGCUGUGAUGUCCUCAUUUGCACAUCAAUGAAUGUCCUUGCCUCAGAAUUAGCACUUUGGGGAACUUUCUGCCUGCCUCAAGUCACCAGGAUGUCGAUCCAUUUUUAUUUAUUUGUUAUUUCACCUUUAUUUAACCAGGUAGGCUAGUUGAGAACAAGUUCUCAUUUACAAGAUAAAGCAAAGCAGUUCGACACAUAA